GAACAGCUGUUAUUAUCCACAGCGAGACAAAAGUUAUGAAAAUCAACAAAUAAUUGUGAAAGUAGCAAUGAUUUAUAUAUAAUCUUGCAACAGUAAAUAUGCUUGAGUCAUGCCAAAAGCAACAUAUGUUGCUCGGUCUCGGUCUUCUGGUUGGAGUGACUAUUGUUGUACUAAUAAUUGAGUCGCGUCUAGCAACCGAUACGGGACGACAUGGAAGAACCCAGCAAUUUUUAAUUGAAAACAAUUCAACUUGUUGGAAACGAGAAGAGUAUACUGUUAUACAAGAAUGCCAUCCAUGCACAGAUUUCGACAUUGUGAGUCGGAGCCUUGGGGUCUGCAUACACACUCAUUAUAAGGAAGUACUGCGUUGUAAAAGUGGAGAAACAGUGACGAAAAGUUGCGACCGCGUAGCUUUGAUUGAUCAACGAAAUUUUAUAAAAUUUGAGAUUAUUUGCUUCAUAGUAGGAUUUUUAAGUUAUACAGUUUCUUAUGCACGGGAUAGAGUUCUCUCGCGACGAACUAACCAAAAAAUCGAACGGCAACUUAACAGAGCAACUUAGCAUAAGUAAUGUUGUUAACUUUCAAUAAAAAUAAUUGUUUACAUAAAUAUAUUUAUUAUAAGAAUAACAGAUUUAUUAAUUUUACAAUAAAAAGUAAAUAAGUACAUAAGAUAAAUUAUUUGUAUAAUUAAUGCAUAUAAAAUAUUUAAUAAAAGUGAUUAUAA